CUUUAGGCCUCUGUGAUGCCCUGGAAAAGUAAACACUUUGAUGAGCCUUGGACCAUGAUAUUGUGUUGUUGGUGUACGCAGUUUUAAAAUUUGUGACAAUUGUUCUCAGAUCUACAGAAGUGUUUAUAAUAUGUUUGCUCAAUACUACAUUUGGUGUUCAAUUUUCAAUUAGGUGACCUUAAUUUUCCAUCCGUGUCAAUGCAGAGUAUGUUGGUAAUAUAUGAGUGAGAGCCCUUGGUCAUAGAUGAGCACACGGGAUUGUGUCUGGUGGUGUGACUUGUGGCAGUAAAUGCGCAGUAGUUGGAAUAUUUUGCAGGACAAAUUAGGGCAAAGUCUGCAACAUCAUUAUGAAUAAUAUAGCAGGAAUAAGUAUCCAGAGUACUGCUGGUGCUGUGCCGGUUAGAAAUGACAAAGGUGAAGUGUCUAUGCAGAAAGUUAAAGUCCAUCGAUAUGUUUCUGGUAAAAGACCCGAUUAUGCACCCAUGUCUAGCAGCGAAGAGGAGUCUGAAGAAGAUGACUUCAUCGAGCAGAAACGCCGACACCUUGCUGUUCGACCAUUGUCACCAGCAGAAACUAUGGAAAAAGAUGUGCAAGCAACAGGAGAGGUAUACGUGGAUGAUCCUAGACUAAGAAGACUGAAAACGAGGAAGAAAGAUGACCGUGGAGAAGAGAGUGAAGAUGAAAACAGGGUUGAGAGACAUAGGCACAUUCAUGCACCAGAAAUUAUGGAGCUGGAAGCCUCAGAUGAAGAAAAGGAGAAGCAUAGAAUUGGUAAAAUGGCAGAGAGUGAGGAAGAGGAGGAGGAGGAGGAGGAUGAGCUGAGCGACGAGGAGAUUGAACGGCGCAGACAAACGCUGCGCCAGAAGGUUCUGAACCGCAAGGAGGAUGAAGAGGUGGAAGUACUGGACAAGGAAGAGGAAGGCCGUUCACCUGAGGAGAGUGCAUCCGAGUCAUCAGAAUAUGAGGAGUACACUGACUCUGAAGAGGAAACGGGUCCCCGUCUGAAGCCAGUGUUUGUUCGAAAGAAGGACCGAGUCACAGUCAUGGAAAAGGAGCGAGAGUUACUGCGUCAGAAGCAGGCUGAGAUUGAGGCUAAAAAGAUAGCAGAGGAGCGCCGCAAGUACACCCUGAAGAUGGUAGAAGAAGACAUACGAAAGGAAACAACAGUGAAGGAGGGUGAUGAGCCAUCGCUAAAUGAUGUUAACACAGAUGAUGAGAAUGAUGAGGUGGAGUAUGAGGCCUGGAAGAUGCGGGAGCUGAAGAGAAUCAAACGGGACCGUGAGGAGAGAGAACAGGUUGAGCGGGAACGACUGGAGAUUGAACGGCUGCGCAACAUGACAGAAGAAGAAAGGCGGCAGGAGCUUAGGAACAACCCCAAGUUUGUCACCAACAAAGCAACAAAGGGAAAAUACAAGUUCCUACAGAAGUACUAUCACCGUGGGGCUUUCUUCAUGAAUCAGGAUGACGACCUUUAUAAGAGGGACUUCUCAGCGGCUACACUGGAGGACCACUUUGACAAGACGAUACUGCCAAAGGUGAUGCAGGUGAAGAACUUUGGGCGCAGUGGUCGCACCAAAUACACUCAUCUUGUCGACCAAGACACCACGCAGUUUGACUCGCCGUGGAUAUCCGAGACUGCUCAAAAUCUCAAGUUUCACAACAAUCAGGCUGCGGGCAUGAAGCAGGUGUUUGAACGUCCAUCUGUGAAGAGGAGCAAGUAGAGCCACUCGUCACAUUGUGGGACCCAAAGCGACAGUUUCAGGAAUGAGUCACCCAGUGUCUCCAAGCGCUCCAGGUUCACAAUGUCAUUCGCUGAUGCACUGGUCAGCGCCUGCAACAAACACAGACUGCACUAUGCAGCGGCAGCAGCUACAGUCGGUAGCCGUGACAUUCGACUGCGGUCACUGCGAUAGGUAGUGUCACUCCAGGGGCUAUAACAAUGCAGUCUUGUUGGUCUGCACAGUGCCGUUAUGCUACUGAAAUCUUCAAGUUGUGAGUGAUGAUUCUGACAACUGUGGUAGUAUUUCUCAAUUUUAAGGAAUUGCAUGAUUCUGAAAUAGUUUUACAAAUAUAAAAAUCAGCUGAUAUUUCAGGUUCCCAUGGCACCAAAGUAUGAAGAUGGCUUUCAUUUUUGAAAAUUUUUAAGUUCAAAAAAAUUUUCAAAUAUUUCGAAAAUUUUAGGGUCCGUCAGAGACCGGGUGCGUUAGAGACCGGUUUUGGUUAUUUUUUAAAAAAAUUCAAGUUUAUUAAAAUUUUCGAAAAAUGCUUUAAAAUAUUCAAAAGCGCACAAAACUAAAAAGUAUUGAAAAAUUUCAACUACCAACAAAUUUUCAAUAAUUUAUAAAAUAUUUAGCUUUUCCUUUUUGUCAUUUACGACUCUUUUGAAAAUGUGUUUCAAAUUUUGAAAAAUUUUUCAAUUUUGACAGUCCUUCCACCACAUACAUGUAUCGGCAGAGACCAGGUCCUGCAGAGAGCAGAAGUUUACCAUUGUUUCAGAAGUGUUUGGUGCUUCCACCUUCAGCUGAUGAUGGAGGCAGGAAGCACCUCUGAAACGUCCGUAAACUUCCAUCAACCACAUGGUGCAACAACCCAGAAGACAGCCAUCUUCAUAAUAAUCAGAGUUUAGAUGGAGUGUUGGUAAUUUUUGUGGUUUUUUAUUUAUAUACAUAAUAACCUGUCGUAAUGGGUUUCAGGAAGACAAUACAAAAAAAUGGGUGGCAAAAGGGUUCAAAUAAUGAGUGUUUUGACAAAGUAGUUAUGUGGCAUUAAAUGAUUUGGAAAAAGGCA